GGGUGGCCUGGUGGSUGCAAGGCUCGGCCCCGUUCCGUGAAGAGGGGAGGCUGGAGGCACGGGGACGCGCAUCCCCUGUCCGGGCUGGGCGGUCUCUGAGCGCUAUCGCAGGCAGCAGGGAUUAAUCCCGCGGCUGCGCGCAACAAUCMCGCUCGGGGAAGGCGACGGCGAGGGCUCUGCGAGGGAGAUGAGYGCUCGCAGCCGUGCUGGGGCCCGCCCCUGUGCCGCAUGCACUGCCCUCGCGUGCCGGGGCCCGGCGCAGAGCCGCACUGCAGACCGGGCUGGACACAGGAGUAGCGAUGCUGCGGGCGCUGCCAACACCCUCACCCGCAUCGCCCAGCACUCAAACCACCAGCUCAACUGCUCCGUGACCARCCCGACCUCCAGCGAGACCUACAACACCUCCAUCCUCCUCAAUGUGCAGUAUAAACCAGAGAUCCUGCAGGAMGGUGCCAGCUACCAGGAGGUCAAGGACACUGGCCUUCUCCUGGUGCUCUUUGUGCUGGUGCAAGCCAACCCACCUGCCAGCAUCACUUGGGUGGACCAGGAUGGACAUGUGAUGGCCGGUGCUUCCAAGUUUCUCCUCCUAGGUGCCACGAACUACCCAGGGCUGGCCAACCACUCUCUCCACAUCCAUCUCAGCUGCACAGGUCAAAACCUCUCCAUCAGUGCAGCCAACAGUGUGGGCAUCACCACUGCCUCCCUCCUGCCCACAGGUCUGCUGGAUGCCCGUGUGGAGCUGCCUGUCCUGGGUGUUGCCAUUGGAGCAGCCCUGGCUCUAGCUGCCCUGCUCAGCCUGGGCUCCUGUGCUGCCUGCCUGGCAUGCCGCUUGCCCAAGCUCGUGCGAGGUGCGGGGCAAGCAGGAGGGAACAGCCCACCCAGCCAAUGCUCCCAUUGCAGCAGCUCUGAGCCCCCACAGCCCCAGGGCACACGCCUGCCCCACCAGACCCAGUCCUUGCCACCCAACCUGCGCUUCAGUGACCUUGCGCAGGGAGAUGCAGCUUUCCCUAAGGAUGCAGGAGUCUGUGCAAGGGGAGAAGAGAGUGCCAUGCUGGGACUGGAGAACUCCCUGGUCCUCAGUAAGCUUGGUUUUGUCCAGCUCCCUAUGUCUGGGCGCAUCUACAAAGUUCCCAGCAUGAGCAGUGAUGAGAUCUGGCUGUGAGCUGCAGUGUGGUGCCUGUGAGCCWGGGCUGCCUGGCACCAGCCAUGUACCAACCCCUGGAGCUGCUCAGCCAAGGGUGCCAGGAAGGCUGUGAUGGGCAGUAGGAGCUGAG